GAGCCGUUGGGCGAGGCGAAGAUCGAGGACUACGUGGCCGCAGGCUGGCAUCCCGACGAUGUCGCCGAGUACACGCAGGCCUAUUACGAUAACUUCACCGCGCCGACGAUCCUGACCUACCUCAGGAUCGAGGGUGCGCCCGAGUACUGGGACAUCAUGGACAAGAACCUGUCGGCGGCCAUGAGCGCCCAGAAGACCGCACAAGAGGCGCUCUCCGAUACUGCCGCGACCUGGGAGGAAAUCACCGACCGCCAGGGCCGUGACAAGCAGCUCAAGCAGUAUCAGGAAGCUAUCGGCUACGGCGGGUAG